AUGACAGCCAUGUGCACUUCAAGGGCAGGAGUAUCAAAAACACAUUGUAUAAUUCUCCAACUAUAUUCACACGAAAAUUCAACAAUAACUUUUCUCUUUCCAGAAUACAAAAAGGAUUGGUCUGAUCACGCUCUAUGGUGGCCGACUCGCAACAAAUGGCUCUCCCGGCCGAAGCACACCCUGGACCAGUACGGGGUCCACGCGGACGCCGCCCUCCACUUCACUCCGAUGCACAAACCCCUCAGGAUCCAGCUGCCGGACCUCAGAUACAUCCACUGCAAGAUCGACUUCUCCAUUGACACGUUCAGCGCUGUUGUACAACUAUGCAAAAGUCUCGGCAUAAGACAUCCAGAAGAACUGUCUCUCUGCUACCCCUUAGAGCCGUCACAUCUCAAACAGAACUACCAGAAUCUGAAAGAGGCGAAGAGGAUAAAGUCUUCGCAGCCUCCAGACACGAACACGUUCAUAGCGGCCACCAGAGGCUCCUCCAACAGCCUGGACAGGUCUAACGGACCCUGCCCUGCGACCCCACCGCCGCCGCGGUCCCUUUCCGCUACCCCCGUGGCUUCGCAACAAAACGGCACACUUCGCCGGUAUGGCGACACCGCCCUUCCAUCAAAGUACAGCACCCAGAGCGACGGGUCCAGCGACGGCGGUUACUGCUCCACUCCGCCCCGGGCCGCGUCCCUGGACGCCCUGGAUUCCCUGGGCAACUUGUCCCUGGCUGACUCCCCAAUGGAACCUGACAGCCAGUCCAGGGAGUCGCUCCUGACACCCAAGUCUCUCAUGGAACGUGCUAGAAUGAACGUCGGUUGGCUAGACUCCUCUCUAUCCAUAAUGGAGCAAUACGUCCGUGAGGCAGACACACUGCAGCUGCGGUUCAAGUUUUACUCAUUCUUCGACCUGAAUGCGCGCGCGCAGGACGCGACCCGACUCAACCAGCUGUACCAGCAGGCGCGCUGGCAGAUCCUCAACCAAGAGGUCCAGUGCACUGAGGAAGAGAUGCUGCUGUUUGCAGCUUUACAGCUACAAAUUGAGCUCCAAACCCUGGCCGGCGGUAGUGCAGAAGCAGAAGGCGCGGGCGACACAUCCACAGGGCCCGACGAUGACAUCGACGCGGCGCUCAGCGAGCUGCAGGCGCAGCUGGAGGGGGCCCCCGCGCCACGCCCCGACAUCACGCAGGUGCCAGAGCUCAC